UAACGCCACCUUGUUCUUCCUCGCCGUAAACCCGCGGACAGCUCGCUACAGUGUCACGUGCACAGACAUCCCCGCACAAUGUCAGUUUAAAACCAGGGACUAUGCCCACGAUCUGUUGUGAAAGUGAACGGAGAAAGUUCAAUGUGACUUGGGGAGAAACUGUAGCAUUGGGUCGUUGUUGACCAUGUUUCGCUGCACUGUGGUGUGAAUCAAAACAGGAAAGGCUGGAAUAUUAAAAUGUAGAUGGAACAGCCUUCCGCUCAGUAAUUUAUUACAUAACGCCACCUUGCUCUUCAUCACUGUAAACCCGCGGACAGCCCGCUACAGGGUCACACACUGCACAGAUCCCCGCACAAUGUCAGUUUCUGUCGUCUCCUCCAGACCAAACCAAAAGAGACCAGCCAGAGGAAAUUAAUAUGACGGGGACGUAGUGAUAGGAUAAGGUUGUGGCAUUGACUUGAGUGUUUGAUAACUCUUUCUUCCGUCACCUGAACGUGCAUGCACUGACAAUUGAUAAAGUUUGUAUUCGCCCUCGUCAUCGGGAACAAGGGUACAGAGAUGUGUAGGACACCUGCUGCCGUAACCAUGAUAGCGUUUUACCGUCACCCUCGCUGUCGGAGUGCGCAUGUAAACUGAGGCAAAAGAAUCACCACACCAUAGGGACCCUCAGGACUGAAGUAGGUUUACAUGUACAGAUCAAGUGAGAUAACCAAAUGUUGCUAUCCUUUCUUAACCGUACUGGUUGUGAUAAAAAAUGCCCCAUCGAUAGAAUGAGCAAUUCAGAGUUAAGUGAUAAAAUGACCAGAGACUCGCCAUCAGACGUCUUUCCGGACGAUUUUUUACAUCAAUUGGAUCAAGGAACGAACGGGUCUCUGAGUUUUAGUUCGCCAAUUGCAUACACUGGGAGUUUCCGAACAGAGUCCGGGGAGGGGAUAUCCGGCGAAACUGACCGCUUGGCCAAUUCUUUUGAGGUCGAGCGUUUAUUGAUAGGAAUAUCUGAGAGCAACGAACCAACUUUUAAUGCAAACCAAACAGACAGUGCCCUUCCGGAGGAUCUAGCUUCUGUGUCUUUAAUGCAAACGGACACACCUUUUUCUAGAGGACCAGUCGUGUGUGGUGCUAGCCUUAGCGCUCCAUUUUCUUCUUUACCUAAUAACACUUUUGAUUUUACUACAACAAAUGCACUGGACAGUGUAUUUUCGGUUCCCACUACCACCGAUUCGUUAGUGCUGGACUUGCUAACCCACGGACAGUAUAGAUCUCAGGCGGUCACCGCCCCCUUAUCGCGCCAAGAUUCCCUCAUAGAAAGUCUCCCAAGCAACACCAGUCAGCUCUCUGAACAAUUUUCAUCUUUGGAGCAAGUGUCGGAUUCGUCUUCAAAUAGUUUUUCGGACCAUCUAAACUUUACGCAAACCUCACACUCCAAGAAGGCGCUAGAGCUACCACCCCCAGGGCGCCCUGGCCGGAAGCCGGGACCCAAUUGUAACCGCUCAUAUAAACGGCGGGUCGUUCCGAAAGACACUGAGGAAUAUCUGAUUAAGCGUGCUAAAAACAAUAUUGCUAUCAGAAAAUGUCGCGAAAAAGCCAAGAAAAAACAAGAGGAAAUGGAUGACAAAAUGAGGCAGUUGGAGAACGAGAAUAGCGCUCUUCGGCAACAAGUGGACGAUCUCAAAGCAGAAGUGAGCAGGUUGAAAGGAGGUUCAAAAUAAGAGAGAAAACAUUGUGUGAAAGGUUGAAUUUUUAUGUCUCAUGUGUGUAGAAAUGUGGAAAGUUGUUACACUUAAGUUGUGUAGGAAAAGUUCUUGAAUUGGAAUUCAAACAGAGCUCUUGAUUGGACGUGAAUGCUGUGUACUGCCAUAUUAUAUGAGAAGAGAGAGGUUGUAACAGAAAUCAAUUUUGUUCUGUAAUACCUGAUCAACUUAAUGUAGUUUGCGAUGCUUAAAUGUAAAAAUAUUGUACAUUUUCACGUUUGAACACUUUCAAAUUAUAUAGAAGUAUUUUU